CUCGCGUGAGUUCCUCCAAGUUCUCGCUUCCACUGGUACGUUCAAGAGGUAUAGUGUGAAAAGUAAAGUCGAAAAACGGAAUAUGGAAAAAUGGCUGCAGUUUCUGGUAUAAGAACCCUUAUUCGUAUCCAUCAUUCACUCGUUCUGCAGAAGAGCUUUAGGCGUUCACCGCUACAGCUAGCAUCAACCUGCAUCACCUGGAGGCAUUGCAGUGGCAAUAAUGACCCAACGCUGCCAACAGACACAGAGAAUAAAUCUUUACUUGAGAACUUAAAUGUGUUGGGAGUGGACUUAAAGAUGGUGCGCCAGCGUCAACCAGGUGUUCUUCGAAGGUCCUUCACCAACGAGAUAGGCCUCGCUCAGUUCCUGCAAGAAAAAGGCGCCAACCACAAAGUAAUCGCCAGCAUCGUGUCCCGUUAUCCCCGCGCCAUCACCCGGUCACUUGAUCACUUGGAGGAACGCUGGCAGCUGUGGAGAAACAUCUUCAACACAGACGCUGAGAUUGUGAGCAUCCUGAACCGCUCACCCGAGUCUUUUUUCCGUUCUAGUGACAACAAGGACUUGAAGAAGAACAUUGCUUUCUUGACCUCCUUGGGAUUAAAGUCCAAAGACCUUCAUCGGCUGCUGACCACAGCGCCGAGGACGUUCUCCAACACCCUGGAGCUGAACAAGCAGAUGGUGGAGUUUCUUGAAGACAUCUGUCUGGAGCUGGGUGGAAAAAAUCCUGAACAAUUUGCUACAAGUAUAAUAUCUAAAAAUGUGUAUAUUCUAAUCAGAAGUACUAAAAGAGUCAGGACCAACAUUAAUAAUUUGAAAAACUCUCUGAUGUUAAGUGAUGCCGAACUGCUAGCACUUCUGGAGGGAAAUGGAGCAGAAAUUAUGGACCUUUCCAACGAGUAUCUGAAGAAAAACAUCCACAGCCUUGAGGAGAAAAUGUCCUUACUAGGCUGCAAAAGAAGUGACAUGAAAAAGCUAAUAUUAAACUACCCUAUGAUUGUCUACAUCGGCGCAGCCACUCUGAACUCCAAACUGGACUGUCUUUUAAAAGGAGGAAUAACAAUAAAGCAGAUUUUGGAGAAGCCCAAAGUCCUGGAUUACAGCACCCAGAAUAUCACGGAGCGGCUGAAGGAGCUGCAGAAAGUUGGAUAUGACUUUGAGAAAAAUGGGAUCAACAUCAUGGACUCCAGCAAGAAACGAUUUGUAGCAAAGAUAGAAAAACUUUCUGGAAUUUCUGAGGAGUGAAUGCAGCAGAUUUUACUGUGAUAAAAGGUAUCCGUCCAUGUACGGCUACAUGUACCUGCACCCCUAGUAAAGACAUGUAAAAAGUCUUGUGUACAGUAGGAUAGUUUUACACAAA